GACCCCGGAAGUGCAACUCGAACUUGGUCGGGGCGCGGAUCCCGAGAGGGAAAGUCAUAACAACCGCACGAGGGAGUUCGACUGGCGAACUGGAAGGCCACGCCUCCUCCCGCCAACCCCCUCAGCCCUGUAGCUGGGGGCAGAGCUCAGACUGUCUUCUGAAGAUUGAUGUCUAUUUCCUUGAGCUCUUUAAUUUUGUUGCCAAUUUGGAUAAACGUGGCACAAAUGCAGCAGGGAGGUCCAGAUGAAAAAGAAAAGACCACAGCACUGAAAGAUUUAUUGUCUAGGAUAGAUUUGGAUGAACUAAUGAAAAAAGAUGAACCACCUCUUGAUUUUCCUGAUACCCUGGAAGGAUUUGAAUAUGCUUUUAAUGAAAAGGGGCAGUUAAGACACAUAAAAACUGGGGAACCAUUUGUUUUUAACUACCGGGAAGAUUUGCACAGAUGGAACCAGAAAAGAUAUGAAGCUCUGGGAGAGAUCAUCACGAAGUAUGUAUAUGAGCUCCUGGAAAAGGACUGUAAUUUGAAAAAAAUAUCUAUUCCAGUAGAUGCUACUGAGAAUGAACCAAAGAGUUUCAUCUUCAUGAGCGAAGAUGCUUUGACAAAUCCACAGAAACUGAUGGUUUUAAUUCAUGGGAGUGGUGUUGUCAGGGCGGGUCAGUGGGCUAGACGACUUAUUAUAAAUGAAGAUCUGGACAGUGGCACACAGAUACCUUUUAUUAAAAGAGCUAUGGAUGAAGGCUAUGGAGUAAUAGUACUGAAUCCCAACGAAAACUAUAUUGAAGUAGAAAAGCCCAAGACUCACGUACAGUCAUCUUCAGAUAGCUCAGAUGAACCUGCAGAAAAACGGGAAAGAAAAGAUAAAGUCUCUAAAGAGACAAAGAAGCGGCGUGAUUUCUAUGAGAAGUAUCGUAACCCCCAAAGAGAAAAAGAAAUGAUGCAAUUGUAUAUCAGAGAAAAUGGUUCUCCGGAAGAACAUGCCAUCUAUGUUUGGGACCAUUUCAUAGCCCAGUCUGCAGCUGAGAAUGUAUUUUUUGUUGCUCACAGCUAUGGAGGACUUGCCUUUGUUGAACUGAUGAUUCAACGAGAAGCAGAUGUGAAAAGCAAGGUAACUGCAGUGGCAUUGACAGACUCUGUUCACAAUGUGUGGCAUCAAGAAGCUGGCAAAACCGUUCGAGAAUGGAUGAGAGAGAACUGUUGUAAUUGGGUCUCUAGCUCAGAACCAUUGGAUACCUCAGUGGAGUCCAUGCUGCCGGACUGCCCCAGAGUUUCUGCAGGCACCGACCGUCACGAGCUCACUUCCUGGAAGAGCUUCCCGUCUAUAUUCAAAUUCUUUACCGAAGCCUCGGAGGCAAAGACCAGUUCCCUGAAACCGGCGGUGACGCGGCGCUCGCACCGGAUCAAGCACGAGGAGCUGUGAGCGCGGGGCGAGCGCGCCGGGCGGGGCGGCCCGGGUC